AUGAGUGCAGGCACAUCACCACCUAAUCAGCCCGGCGGGCGUCCAAAGAAGAACAGCAUCGGAAGCUGGUUCUCCAAAAAGUUUGGACGCAGGCCAAGCGAGGCACCUCUGCCUUCCGGCGAUCCUUCGAGCGCUCGCAAGGGCGCUGCAAAGGAUGGACGGUCUCGCACUUCGAGUGCUGUCGCAGGCGCCAAUGCGAAUGCGGAUGGACAGCAGUCGCAGUUCUCGUCCGCGUUCGCCUCGAACGAUGCACAUGCUCUGGCCAACACGCUCACGGUGCCCACCAACGAUGGCCCGGCCCAGGCAAGGCUGACGCCGCCCCCGCAGCUGGAUGGAAUUCCGACGCAGGAGCCCCUGGGCACGAUCGAUCUGCCCAGAUCACCGCGUCCGGAUGCUGGUGUACAGCCGAGCGGCCAUGGAGCGGGAACCAUGGCCCCGCCAAGCGUGCCUGCGAAGGUGUCGACGGAGCCGAUCGUCGAUGGGGACACUCACGCAUCAGCUGUCCCAAGCGAUGAUCCUGCCACGAAUGCAGCACCAGCCAUUCCCACUGCUGUCGUCUCGGAUCUCGUCAAUCCAUCCACCGAUGCGAUUGCGCCCACCACGGACGACGAGAGCAGCUUUGAUGGACGCGACUCCAUCGGCAACCGCACCAUGGACACCUCCAAGAGUCGCGCCAGCACCAAGCCCACCACGCUCAUGAGCCUCGAUACUCGCGAGCCGACCGUGCUGCCAACCACUCACAUCGCUCAGGGGCGUCGCAGCGGCGGCGACGACUCGUUCGGCAAUCCGCAUCGACUAAGCACCGGGCCCCGCGAAGGAUCUGCCAUCCAGUUUGCGCCUUCCACCGGCUCGCGCAGCGGCAGCGGGCAGAUCGCCAGCACCAACAGCACGGGAGAAGUUGGCAGCAACUUCAUCACCGUACCCUCGCACUCGAGGCCGCAUCCGAACAACAACCCGCAUCCUGCAGCGCAGCCCGCCGACAACGCCAGCAUCCUCACGCUGGCGUCGUCUACGGCGGGCAUGAGCCUGGGCGGUGCCACGAGCAGCCGCGGCCACCACCAUGCGCCUAGCCUCGGCGGAGCCAGGAGCAUCGGCGGCAGUCUGAUGGGCGACAGGAGGAACAGCAGCGACACGGCAGCAUCGCUCAAGGCUCUGCCUCCGCUGAGCAGACGCGGAAGCGACGAGAGCUCGCGCACACGCGAGUCGGUGGCAGCUAGCUCCACGGGUCAGAACUCGCACCAGGCCAUGUUCGUCGGCGUGGCAGCACCAGGUGCACCGGGAGACAGGGUCAGCCUGCACAGGACGCCGUCGCAAAAGACGGUGGCGACGCAGAUGUCGGUGCCUCUGUCGACCAGCGCGUCCAACGCGGCAAUCAAUGCGUACGCCAAGAGCGAGCAUACGACGAAUGGAAGCCAACUGCAUCUGGUCACCCCUCCUGCGGCAGCGCAGACGACCGGAGAGGCAGAGGCUGACACGGCCGUCACGCCUGGUGCGUCGCCCAAGACGGUCGAUGAGGCGGCCGUGCAGACGAGUGCCGACCAGGUCAAAGCCCAGCUUGCCGAGCCCAAGACGGAUAGCCUCGAGGUCAAUGUCGCUGCCACCGAGACAUCCUAG